AUGCACAACCACGACAGCAUGAUCCUUCCUGCUCAGGACAUUGAACCACCCGCCAAGCGACAGCGUCUCUCAUCCACCCUCGGAGCUGAACACGCGACCGCAAACGCCUCAGAAGAAAUCCCCGAUGAUUUUGAUCUCCCAGCUGCGCGCGCACAGAAUGACUCCAAACUCAAGUCUCUGUUUGAAGGGAUUUUUGCGAAAUACAGCCACGACUUCACUGAUGUUGGUGACGAGAUCGAUUUGGAGACCGGGAACAUAGUGGUGGACAAUGGGCACUUGCUAGGCUUGCAAGAGGAAGGGGCUGACGGUGGUCAACCGCGAUCGUGGCUCUUCCAGGCUGGUCUGGAAGAGCCGGAAGGGCCUGAUACAGACCUUGACGAGGGCCAAGAAGAGGAAGAGAACGACGAUGCAGAAUGCGCUGGAUCAGCUCCUGGUGAUCUGAUGCCGAAUGUCUCAGCUCCAUCGCCUCCAGUCCAUGCGCCGCCGCCUGCUCAACCGCAGGGGGAUGACGACGACUCGCUGGAUUUUGUGUUUACUUUCAAGGCGUCUGGAGCUACAGGGCUCAGUCCAGUCACCAAAACGCAACAUGUAUCUCGUCCUACGAACUCCAACCAUCAUCCUACGAAUUCCCUGAAUCACCCCAGGACCGUCGAUCCUGUCGCGGCUUCAAAGCCACAAGAUCCCAUCUGGGCGGUCCCUGAUCUGCCCCAGUCCUUCGCAACGCCGACUACCCAAACCAGAAAGGUCAACGUGGAACUCAUUCCAUCUGCGAGAUCUCCCUCUCCCCCUGGUAGCGGCUCUGUUUGGGCUGUCAGGGGACCCGGUCGGCCACGAACGGAAUCAAAACCCAAGGUUACGCCGAGCCGGCGCAAGCCAUCUGCGAAGCGCAAGUAUCACUCGAGCCCUGUAGCCCGAGACUGGUCAUUCGCAUCAGUCCCUGAUGGUAACGAGUCGGAUGAUCCUUUGCAAGACUAUGAGCCAUCCCCAACGCCAUCGAAGAUGCGCAUUAUUCGUGGAAAGCGCCAGGUGCCUACCAAAUAUCCGGGAACACCCUCCCGUUCAGCAGUAACUACUCCGUCCAAGGCGCAGGUCAACCAUGAAAAAUAUCGGCGGCAUUCUAGGGCUCCUACGCCUAACGCCCAGUCCACCCAACCCCAUCUUGUCUCGCCAACAAAGUCUCCGCAAAAGGGGAUUUAUGUUGCUCAACCGAAAUCAGUUGGUGACUUGGAGCAGUCCAACACAAACCCUUGUGAGGAGACCUCGCUUGAGAUAGAAACGCAAGAUGAUCAUACACUCGUUUCAACUUUUGCGGAUCUUGAGGGUGACCGAGCCUGGGAAGAGGAAGCAAAGGCUCGGGAAAACAAAUCACCGCAAAGAAGUCAACACGAGGACAUCUUUGACUCUGCCCCCAGUGCUUCCAUUGAGAGCGAUAGGAUAGAGGUAGACGAAAGGAAGUCUGCCCAAGGAAAUGGACCGCCUAACACACAGUUCCAAGCUGAUACAACGCUCGACUCUACAUUGGGCCCCGAAUCAACGCCAGUCGCCAGCACUAAAGUCCCAUCCGCCGAGCCCCCACAAAAUAGCCCGAGCAAAAGGCGAAUCAUGACACCCGACGAGGCUAGAAUAAUCCUGCGUGUGAUGCACCAAGAAAACAAAAAAGCCAUCGACGUAGUCAAAUUAAUGCCAACGCUCGACUACCAAACCGUUUGGCACUGGUACUUCAACCAUUGGACCCGCCGCCUCGCACACCCGCCUCAUCUUUCAACUCCCUGGUCACACUCUGAGCUGGCAACCUUCACUCGGCUGAGCAGCCAAUCGGGUCUCUGUUGGGCUAAGAUCCAACGUGAGUUUUCGGGUCGAUCGCGGGCUGAAGUCGAAUUCGAGCUACUUCGUGCUUUUGUCGAUGGUCGAGCAUCCUCUGCGGCAGAGCACCCGACGCACCGGCCGAGUCAUCCGGCCAGCGAGCAGCUGUCGGAUUCAUCCCAAGAAGUCUGGGUGCAGGCAGAGGAGAUGAAGAUCGAGUCAGAAUCUACCGAUGGUGCCCUCCAUUCGGUCGAGCGGGCUGAUCAGUAUGCGCACAGCGAUAGUCCUCCUUCGCCAUCGACCACUGAGGGGCGUCCGGGCAAGGCGGGGCACGUGGAGAAUUCAUAUGUUUCCAAUGCUCUGCUGGAGCUCUUCAAAUAA